ACCUUAACAUUUCCACCGUACAAGAGUCAACCUCCAAGCUUUGCACGCAGACUUUGGAGUGUUUGUAGAGCAAGAGUCCCUGCACCCUGUCCGUGGCCCCGAAUAGUCGUGACAGCUAUAACGCGAGAUACAUCACUUAUAGAUACACGUAAACGACUACGCGCUAUCCGGUAGCCAUGCCUAUAUCCAAACGCGCUUCCCCUUCUUCUUCACUACCACCACCACCUGCAUCCCCACAGCUAAGCAGAAAGCCAUUUUCUCCAAGUUCCAUGUCGUCUACAACAUCCUCCACGUCUCCUACUCCGCCUUUGAUUUCAUCUUCGAGCUCCAGCUCAACUGUUAAGGUGUCUUCUCCACUGAAUCCUUCGUCUCCACCUACCAGAACACCUCCUCUUCCUACAAUCCCUGCUCCAACACCUCCCUCCCGACCGGACUCUCCCACUCUACUUGGAAACUCUGACAUUAGUGGCAGACGGAGGGGUGCUUCAUUGUCUACAAUUCGUUCGGACGUCCCGCAGCUCAUCGCAGCAACGCAAUCCUUGCCAGUGUCAAGUGCGGCGACCUCGGAAUCGGCUUCCCCUGCCGAGUCUACUUCAAGUCUGCCCAUACCGUUACAUGGAUUCAAGCCUCGUGGUCGGUACCACUCCACCCCAUCUCGCUCUACGUCUCCACGUCGACCUUCGCCAGUAGACCAUUCACCCAUUCGUCACGACGGCAAAGGUCGAGAAACGCCGCCCAAUGGUGUUCCAACUACUUGGUGGGGAUCGAGAGAACCACAGGCUAGACCUUGGCCGUGGGACGAGACUAUGCUGUCGAAGCAGAGACGGGAAUCUUUGUCUGGUGGGAGCUCACCCAUGAGGAGUCAUGAGAGGGAAGUUUCUCCGGCGAGAUCAGUGGGUUCGACAUCAAUGGCCGUGAUUAAUGAGCGUGGCUCUGGGUGGAGAGAACUCUGGUCUGAGAGGAAAGAGAAGAAGACGAUCCCUGAGGAACAGAUGGAAGGCUGGGUGCACACGCGCCAGAAAAUUGCUCAAGCACUAUCCACCACACUUGAUACCGCGCUAGAUGUCACACACGAAGCUUUGGUACUGUCAGCGGACCUACUCAAACUUGCACCUGUGGUUGGGCUAGAAGAAGCCGCCAGGACGUUAUUGAAUAUAUGGGAUGCUGUUCAGAUGGUCGAUAUGAACCGUCUAGCGUGUCUCCGUCUCACGGAACGUUGCGCUGAAAUUCUCAUUUCGAUUCGCGACGAGAUCCUGGAGACAGGUGAAAACAAGGUUGCGAAGGAACUGGAGAGCGCCGUCGAACGUUUGGUCGCUGCAUUCACUCAAGUUCACAACCUUUUGCUCAAGCAAGCCCACCGACCUUUCCUCAAACGGUACCUCAAACGGGAUGAAAUCCAACGUGAGAUUGCUGGCUGUGGUCAGGCUUUGGCCGAUGCGCUCGGGCUAUUCUCUCUGUCAAUCCAAAUCAGAACUUUAAAGCAAAUUCUCAGAGCAGAGCAGCAACGGGAGGCGGACAUGGCGGCCAUAACAGCCUCCCUCGAACGCUUAGAGGUUUCCUCUCGUGGCAGGACGCCCGUGAUCACCGGUGCACCUGUGCCACAAGCUAUUGCCAACGCGCUGCAACUUGAUAGAACUCCUCAUGAGCUCGCAUCCGCUCAUACAACCCCAUUGCAUAUUCUGACCACUCUUCGGACUCUGCAAAAUGAACGAGAUACACUCCGAGACGCUGCCGAUUUGAGGCAGCUCAUGCGAGGGGCAUUGCAAACUAACAAUGAUGUUGAGAUGAUCAAGGUGUUACAGGUGGGGAGGGAUGAAAUGCCUGAGGCGAUCAAGACGCUACAGCGAGCAUUGGAAAUCGUAGUUGAGAAAGAGAGAGUCGAAGAAGAAGCUAGUGCUUUCGCGGGUGCGACCAUUGAACCAAGUUCAACUUCCGGGUUAUCGAGGUCCAGCACAAUUUCCAGUUCGGGUAGCUCAACCGCUAUGGGUAGACGUUCUCGUGCUUCCCGAGACACGCUCGACCGAGAGUUCAUCGAAUCUGGUAUCGAAUCACUCCGUAGAUUAUCUCUCUCCCGAGGUACAGAUCUCACCUUGCCUUCGUGGACGAUCACUCGGUACGAGGUGGACCGUGAGGAGAAGGUCGGCAUCGGUUUUUUCAGUGAUGUCUAUAGAGGUCGUUGGCGAGACAGUGUCGUAGCUAUCAAAGUUCUAGCAGAAGCCACACCGCGUCCGCUCUUUAUCCAUGAAGUGAAGAUCUGGAGGACGCUGAAGCAUCCAAAUGUCCUGGAACUCCUCGGUGCUUCAUCUACAAGUGGAGACCCUCCUUGGUUCUUUGUCAGUCCUUACUACAAGAACGGGAGUCUUAUUCGAUACCUGAAGGCUCUAGAUUCAUUGGAUGGUGUGGACAUUCUAAGGAUGAUUCACCAGAUUGCCAAGGGUAUGGCGUACCUGCACGGGAAGGGCGUGCUACAUGGUGAUCUCAAGGGUGCCAAUAUCCUCGUGGAUGAUCGGGGUCAUUGCGUCAUCUCUGACUUUGGACAGAGCGAGUUGAAAAGCGAGGUUUACAGGCUAAGUGGAACACCCUUACCACACGGCACUCUGCGAUGGCAGUCACCGGAAUUGAUGGCUGGUCAGAGUAAACUCACGCAACAAGUUGACGUCUAUGCAUUUGCGAUUUGUUGUGUCGAAAUCCUCACGAAAGGUGCUUUGCCCUGGCCCAUGGCUGACGAUGAUGCAGUUCGUCAUUUCGUCCUCAAAGAGAACAUGCGCCCUGCAAUUCCGCUCCAGCCCGUGUGGAAUAUGGAACUAGCUGAAAUCCUUCGUCAAUGUUGGCAUCGUUCGCCUGUUCAUCGACCGUCAUUCGCCAAGAUCGAUGCUGAGAUCCAACAGUUGCGCACGAAAUAUAGUGGAGAUUUCAGGGAUACACCACUUGCAUCUACGUUGGAUCUUGAAUAUGACCCUUUGAAGAGGAAAUCACCACCCAUGCAUCCCAUUCCGUUACCCAUUCUUCCUCCUGAUACGACUGCAUCAAUCGUCAACGAACACUCGCCUUCGUUCACCGACGAUUCAUAUCAGACAGCUACCGAUCAGCUUUCUAUGAUUCGCGAAGACGCGUCUUCUCAUAUCGGCUCUACAACUCAAGGACAACAUUCGCAUCAUCAUUCCCCGGUUAAGAGUCGCUCAUCAUCCUUGUUCAUUCAUACGCCUUCAACUGAGUCGGAGUACGAGUUCCAUCAUGAACAUGUGGCUGAGUCUGGGUACCAGUCUCCUCCGCCUGUGGACGACAACAUAGCGGAGGCAAGGAACGAGAGGAGGUACAGGAUGCUGCUUCAGCACGAGUUUCAUCCUUCAUUGACUCUACCCUUGUGGUCACCCACGGUCGUUGGCCUUGGUUCUGUAGGGUACCAUUGCAAGCCCAAAGGUACUUUCGUCACUUUGUUCAACUCGUUCAAGCCGCCAGAAACUUCGGACGGUGUUGCUGAAGGCGUUCCAUCGCUCUAUGGUUACGGACGAGUAAUCCAAGGAAGUCAACGGAUUGAUAAGCGGAAUGUCGCUCAGCGUGGGAUGGAUAUCCUUCAGUCUUGGAUCACUUCCAGGAGUAAAGGAGACGGGAUGUUUCCUCAGAGCGUGAGUCGACGAUACUCUUCGCCUAUUCGGACGGGACACAAGGCAGCGCAUUUGUUCACCGAGUCGACGGUCUAUCGGUACAUCGAAGAUCUUGGCACUCCGAAGGCCUGGUUUAAGGCGAAUGUUGACCAUAUCCUAGAGCUGUAUGGGGCGGGGCAUGGGAUUCAGAAGGAGGAUCUGUACCUCGUGAUUGGGACGUUGGACGCUGCAGACUAUGCUCUAUUUGUCAGUCAUAACCACCCAGACGGAGAGGUGAAUUUCAACGUAUAUUCGUCACCAAAGGCCGGUAAACCUUGGGGUCAGUUCUCGACCUCGACAGACCUUUCACCAUCCGUCCUUGGCGGGCCUGUCUAUACUGAAGAAGCUCCCGGGUACCAGUCUGCAAAUAAGGUGUCGAUUGUGAGGUCUAGCGGAAAGUGGGAUACUGUUCUGCUUGCGAAGCUUAGGUUCCCUCCGGACAAGUCGGAGCCCACUUCGCUCUGAGAUAUCUUCAAUCUUUUGCUCUAGAUUCGCAUUCAUCAAAUACCGCAUCAUUUUUCUUUGUCUUGGAUCUCCUAUACCGCAUCGCACCUGAUACCUUCUAUUUCACUUAACAUUUAUACACUGUUGGACUUUACUCUCUUGCACGUACUUGAAAUAAAUUAUCAAUGUAUGAUACUCCGUGUACAAUCAGAUGUAUUCUCAUCAUCUUGGAGACCGGCGCCACUUGACUCCUUCCUCUCCCUUUAUGUAGUGGCCUACAGCAGAAUCAUUUCUCAAUUGAUUUUAGUAAGAAUUUGAAUUUAAAUUCUUUCCAGUGUCUUCUUUUUCU